AUGCCCGACCUCCCCUCCGAGAUCAUCCGACUCAUCCUGGCUCAUUCGGACGAGACCAACUACGACGACGAGUACGUUUUUUAACAAGCGAAGGGCUUUGGCGCAUGUCGUGGGCGAUUUCCUUCCCGCCUCGCGCAGUUCUGAGCCGUAUCGCGUCGCAACAGUAAACCCAGCAGAUUAUCUUACGGCUGGUGGACGAGCUGGUGUCGCGUUAGUCGCACGUGGUGCGCCUGGGUCAGUCAAAAACCUUCUCAUUCCAUGGUGUGUGUACGCACCAACUUACCGCCAGCUGACCCAAUGUAUUUACCACCAGAUUCAACCCAUCCUUUAUCGACAUGUCAGACUCCGAAAUUAGGACUCGCUCUACCGGUUUCAAGACAUGCUCCAAAUGAUCCCCUUGUUUCCCCGCGCUCAUCACUUGGGACGACUCGUGCAAAGCUUCGACUUCAGGCCGAUUCACGAACCGACGACCUCGGUGUCAAUCGUCUGGCGACUCCUUCCCUUUGAAAAGAUCGUAAGCCACUGCACGGCCCUCAAGAGUGUCACGCUCAACCGCUACGCGAUGCCGAGUCGGAAGUCGUGGAGGGUCUGGCACCGCUCGCUCGACACGCAUGCCGCCGUUGCUUCGCCCAUCAAAAGCCUGAGCUGCAGUCUCCCCUUCACGAGCGAAGCCCUCCAGCUGUUUGCAUGCCUGGGCUCCGAACUGCAAGAACUCGUCGUACGAGGCUGGGAAGAUGAAACGAUUGCGUCAGCCCCGGACGUGGAACAAGAACUCUACCACAUCUUGCGCAUGAACGCUUUGUUGGUUCGUCUAAAGCGCUAUUCGCUGUCCGGCCCGCGCUAUGUACUCCAGAGAUGCUAAACUUCCGCCGUACCUGUGUUUGCAGCCGAGUGCGAGGACCGGUGUCGUGACGUUCGGACUGCGCAAGAUCUCUUUCGUCGCUGAGGGCUUCGUCAGCGCGGCGUUCAUUCAGUCGCUUCCGUUCAUGGCUCCCCAGCUAGAGGAGUGAGUAUGGUUCGAACCGCCCCUGCCCAUUGUAUGCUUCUGCAUCCUAACCUUCAUUCUCUUGCUUGGGACCUCGAGUAGACUACACAUCGCAGAGGAGGUGGACAUCUUCGAAGCCGACGACAACAAUCGGGGCAGUGACCUCACCUUCCGUGACUUGAUCGCGUCCCUCCCCCGGACUAUGAAGAGCUUCAAGAUCUACGCCACUCACGAUGCUCACUUGGACCUCGGAACGUUCGAGGGUCUCGAUGCCCACCUUCCAGGACUUACGCAGUUGGGAGGACGUUCGCACUUCUUCAGGUACGUGCUCCACCUUCAUGAGCCUCGCUGGACCUCGCUCGCUAGUAUUUCGAUGUCCAUCGAGCCGGCCCUGAUACACCCCCCUCCCUCAAUCUGCUUGACAUUCGCAGUCAAGACAUAUUGAUCGCCCUUGCCGACCACGGUAACGUGAGUUCAUUGUGCAUCCAUUCGACGAGGAGGGUUGAGGAGACAUCUGCUCUCUACGAUGACGAGGACGAUAAGCGCGCGGUGUAUCGAGAUGAGACGCUCGACUCGCGCGCGGCGGUGCAAGAGAUGGGGGCGGUGGUGAGGGAUAUGAUGGUGCAUGGAAUGAGUUGGAGACAAGAGGAUGACCACGAAAAGUCUGGAGUGAUUGAUAGGAUGAUGAGGCUUGCGAGGGGUCGAGCUCAGAGAAGGGACGCUGCUGAGAGUGCGUGA